GUGGAUUGCAGAGUGGAUUUCACAAGGUCUGGACUUGGUUACUGCUUAUUCUGUUAAUCAGUGUCCCAUUGCUUUGGGUGCUGUGGAGUGGAAUGCCAAGGUUUCUAGACACAGCUUUGUCAAGUAGAGAUAUUCAAAUUCUGCAAGCAUUUCGGGCCCAGAUGAAGAAAAUCAAAAAUACUUAUCAAAGUCAGGAUCCUAAUUUAUGGAAGAGAACACACAUGUUCCUUGAGAAGCAUCUCAAUGCUUCCCAUCUACAUUUGGAGCCAGCAAUUUUGCUGUUCACAGCUGGCCAAGAAGCUGAGAAGGCUCUAAAAUGCCUAAGUAAUGAGAUUGCAGAUGCUUUGGCCUUCUCCCAGAAUGCUACCACAAUCAAAAUUGACGGGGCAGACAAAGCUGUAUUGGACAGCGAUGCUGUUAAGUUGGAAGUAGAUGAUGAGCUCAGCUCUGGGUUCAAAGGAGGCAAGAAGGUAGCAGUGGUGCAUCGAUUUGAAUUACUGCCUGCGGGCUCCACCUUAAUCUUUUACAAGUACUGUGACCAUGAAAAUGCAGCAUUUAAGGAUGUGGCUCUUCUGCUGACUGUCCUCCUGGAUGAACAGUCUCUGAGAAAGAGCCUGACCCUGCAAGAAGUUGAGGAGAAAGUACGAGAUUUCCUCUGGACCAAGUUCACCAGUUCAGAUGCUCCUACUUCUUAUAAGAACAUGGACACAGAUAAACUGAGCGGACUUUGGAGCCGGAUAUCUCACCUUGUCUUGCCUGUUUGGCCUGAAAAGGGCCUCCCAGUGGAAGGAUGCACAUAGGUUGUUAAAGGAAGAUCAGGGAAGGAGGAAGAUGGAGAAUGUGUGUUGUAAUGGCUGAACCGGGUGGAAGUUCCUACAGCUGCUGAGGUCAGCCAGCACACAGUGCU